AUUAUAUCACAACACCCUUUUUUAAAAAAACAUUUUAUUUUCCAUGGACCCACUUUUCCUCUCUCUCAAACAUUGACAACAUCUAAAGAUAAAAACACAUCCACAACACCAAAACUUCCAUUCAUAUUCAUUCAUUCCCCCUUUCCCCUUUUCUUUCACCUCUUUUUUUCAUCAUCCCUCUUUUUUUUCCCUAUUUUCAAUAGGGUUUUCAUCUUCAUGCUUCACUUUCCCAUCUCAUGAAUUUUGCAGACCAUCAAAUUUCAUUGAUCUUUGUUGUUUUUGUGUUCAUAAUCUUGUUUUUUGCAACUUUUGAGAAUCUGGGUUUUGUUUCUCGUGGCUCAUUCUACUCAUCAAGUUUCCAACUUUUUUGCCUCUCUGAGGUUUUUAUUCAGCUUUCAACAUGUCUCAGAUCUUUGAUUUCAGUGGAAAUGAGGAGUUUUACCAUGGGGGAUCAAUAUACUCAAACCCCAAGGAAGCUGGUAGCUUUUUGUCCCUUGGUAUUGUUAACCAUGUGGAUGUGUACUUCCCAAACAAAAGGGCUAGAAUCAGUGCCCCCCUUGUUCCAGGAGGCGAGAGUUUAGAGCAGAAGAAGCAGGUGUCUCUUGAUGUUCUUCCUGAUGAGUGCUUGUAUGAGAUCUUGAGGCGUUUGCCUGGCGACCAGGAAAGGAGUUCUUGUGCUAGCGUUUCGAAGCGGUGGCUUAUGCUCUUGAGCAGUAUCCCAAGUGCAGAUCUAUGCAACAAAUUUGAGGUUGUUGCUGAGGAGGGUGAUGAGAUCGAGAGUGAUGGAUUUCUUACUAGGAGUUUGGAAGGUAAGAAAGCCACCGAUGUUAGACUUGCCGCUAUUGCUGUAGGAAGUGGUGGUCGUGGUGGACUUGGCAAGCUAACGAUCAGGGGUUCGAACUCUGUUCGUGGAGUUACAGACCUUGGUUUGAAGGCUGUUGCUCGAUGCUGCCCUUCUCUAAAGAGUGUAUCUCUCUGGAAUGUUUCUUCCGUAGGAGAUGAAGGUCUUGUUGAGAUAGCCAACGGAUGUCACCGCCUUGAGAAACUUGAUCUUUGCAACUGCCCGUCAAUCACCAACAAGGCCUUGUUUGCAAUUGCCAAGAAUUGUCCGACUUUGACCUCAUUGAGCAUUGAGGGCUGUCAGUACAUUGGUAAUGAAGGUGUGCAAGCAAUUGGACAGUUUUGCCCAAACCUUAAAUCAGUUACCAUCAAAGACUGCCCACUUGUCGGUGAUCAAGGUGUUGCGAGUUUGAUGUCAUCAGCUUCUUUCGUCCUAACCAAGUUGAAGCUUCAGGGGUUAAAUGUCACCGAUCUCUCUCUUGCUGUGAUUGGCCAUUACGGAAAGACAGUUACAGAUCUUGUUUUGGCCAACCUUCAGAAUGUGAACGAAAAGGGUUUCUGGGUCAUGGGUAAUGCUCAGGGUCUUCAACACCUCAGGUCAUUCACAAUUUCAUCAUGCCGAGGAGUCACAGAUGUUGCAGUCGAAGCUGUGGGGAAAGGUUGUCCUAAUUUGAAACAGUUUGUCCUGAAGAAGUGCGCUUUCAUGUCCGACAAUGGAUUGAUGUCCUUUGCCAAAGCUGCAAGGUCUCUUGAGAGCCUGCAAAUUGAGGAAUGCCACAGGAUCACCCAAAUUGGGUUUUUUGGUCUCCUUUUGAACUGUGGUCCUAAGUUGAAGGCUCUUACUAUGUCGAGCUGCUUUGGAUUCAAGGACAUGAUUUUGGGAUUUCCCCUUCCAAACAAAUCAGCACCUCUUCGAUCUGUUACAGUUAGUAACUGCCCUGGUCUCGGGGACAUGACCUUAGCCAUGUUGGCAAAGUUGUGUCCUCAAUUGCAAUGUGUCAACUUCCAUGGACUUCCUUACAUCACCGAUGCCGGUCUUCUCUCUCUUAUUGAGAGCUGCGACGCUGGUGCUGGCCUUGUUAAAGUAGGUCUCUCUGGUUGUGUUAAUGUAACCGACAACGUUGUCAUUGCGUUGGCAAAAUACCAUGGUGGGACCCUCGAGGUGUUGAACCUCGAAGGCUGUGGGAAGGUGACAGAUGCAGGCUUGGUGGCUAUUGCUGAUGACUGCCUUGUACUCAACGAACUUGAUGUAUCUAAGUGUGCCAUUACUGAUUUCGGUGUUGCAACUUUGGCUCGCUCAAAGCAGUUGAGUUUGCAAAUCCUCUCAUUAUCCGGAUGCUCAAUGCUAUCAGACAAGUGCUUGCCAUUCUUGGUGAAGUUGGGUCAGUCUCUUAUGGGCAUGAACCUCCAGAACUGCAACUCAAUCAGCAGUAGUGUCAUUGACAUGCUCGUGGGGCGACUCUUCAGGUGCGAUAUCCUUUCCUAAGUGGAAAGAUUAACUAUGCUCUCCAGGAAAUUCAAGUAGUCUCAGAAGUAUAUUAAGCAGGGUUCGUGAAUAGUUAAAGUUCGGUUUAAGUUUUUGGGUCCAUCAGUUCAAAUCGGGCUUACUCUUUGCCAGAGACAUGGUUCUUUUUCCGGGUGGAAAUGGCCGAUUUUAUACCCCUUUUUUGCAGGUUUCCUCAAGACAGGAAAUCUGUUUCAAGAAUUUAGGCUCUCAUUUUUUUGGUGCCUCAUUCUUGAGCGGUCAUUGAUACCUGAGAAUACAGUUACUAGUCUCUGGGUUUGAAGGGUUAGGUCUUUGUCUAUCUUUUGCUGGGUUUCUGGACCUUCAUCCAAAAAAAAGAAAAAAAACGAAAAAAGAAAAAGAAAAAAAAUCUUUUAGCUUGGCCUUAGAGCUAAGUUCUGAACCUCUAGAUGUUUAUUUUUUCGAGUCUGUGUCUCGGUUUUAUUAAGUCGUCGAUGUCCGUUGCUUUUGAAAGUUCGAAGUAUGGUGUCGUGUUUCGUCGGGGCUUUGGCUAUGGCAGCAGUCUUGCUGCCAUUACAGUUUCACUCUUUGUUGGGGUUGAUACUGUUUUUUCCAUAAUAUUUUUGCCAAAGCCUUAGUUUUACAGGCGCCUUUUGUAUGGAACUUGUACUUUGCAACGUUUUUUUUUUCUCUAUGUAAUAGAAGAAUUAUGAAUAAGAUGAUGUCUCUUGUCUACUUCA